AUGAAUACUUUAAAAGAAACUAAUAUAAGUCCUAAACCUGAAUUAGAUUUAGAAAACUCCAUUAUGUCUGAGAAAGUGAAAACUCCUUUAAAGAAGGAAGAAUUAGAGAAAAUCGCCAAAGAGUUGAAGAAAAAAUUAUCCAAAGCUUCAAUAACUGCUAAACAACAGCAGUUAAGUCCAGUGAAUUCAAAGGUUGGUAAGAAUUUAAGUCCAUUAAACAAUUUAAUUUCUAAAAAGACUGCAAAAGAUGCGUUUGAAAGUCCAAGUAGAAUUCAUUAUUUGUCGUCAUCGUCACCAUUAUAUUCGCCUAAUAAUAAAUCUCCAACUCAUAUUAGGAAUUCAGCUGCUAUAUCAUUAUUAUCAUCAUCACCAAUCAUUGAAUCUCCUAUCAAGAAGUCUAAGAAUUCAUCACCUUUGAAGAAUCAACCAACUAUGGUUUUACAAUCAGUUUCAACUCCAUCCAAAUCAUCAUCUUUAAAACCUUCACCUUCAUUAAAUCCCAAACAAACCACUCCUACAUUAUCCAAGAAACAAUUGAAUGUUAACACAUCAAUGGAUAACGCAUCAGGAAACCCAUUAUUGAGAACUCCAACUCAAUCUAAAGGUAAUUCAGGUAAUGGUAAUUAUAAUGAUGAAGAAGGAGCGGAUUUAUUAAUGUACUUAGCUACAUCACCAUCUCCAGCUAAGAACUAUUUUCCUAACACCCCUAAGUUAGGAGGACCUACUAGUACCAGUAGAAACGAAUCUUCUAAUAAAGAUCCAGCACCAUCAUCAUCAACAUUACCAAUUCACAAACAUUCUUCAUCAAAUUCAUCAGCCAAUUCAUUUAUUGCACCACCACCUCCAUUAACACCAAAACGUCAUAUCAAUUCAAGUAGUAAAACACCUCAAAACAGAUUAACUCCUUCAAUUAAUUUGUUCAAUAAUUUGAAUCCAAAUUUACCUUCAUCAGGGUUAGCUUUAACUCCUGCUGGAUUUAAUAUGAACGAUUAUGUUAAUUUCUUCUCCCCAUCACCUGGUGGAGCUAAUUUGAAUAAGAAUUUGAAUUCUACCUUCUUAAAAACUCCAGAUUUCAAUAAUUUAUUAAAUAACCAUCCUAAUAACGGUUCAAAUUUGAAACAAAGUGUGGAUGGGAAGAUGAUAAAUUUCGAUAAAGUUGGACUUUUCAAAGGAGAAUCCAAAGAUUAA